AUGUCGCAGCCUGGGCCAUAUACGGUUCCGAAUUACGACAUCUUCGGCCACCACCACCACAGCAAGCCGUUCAAGGACAAAUCCCAUUUCCUGGAGAAAGAUGUUUGGCAUCCCAAAUGGUUGGAUGCGCCGCCGGCCAUCCGCUCCCGAGCAGAACUUCAGCAGGCACGCAAGCAGGGAAGAAUCCCAGAAGUAAGAAGCUAUGAUUUCGAUGGUGACGGAGUUGUCGGCCAGCUGGACUAUUUCAUUGGCAAGUGUUUCGAUCAAGAUGCAGAUGGACGAUUGACGACUGCCGAGAAGCGGCGCGUAGAGAAGGCCCUCGAGAAUGGCUUCCUCGACAAGUAUGUACGAGGACUGGACGCCACUGGGCAGGUUCACAAGUGCGGCCCUAUCAAGCAGAAGCGCGGCGUCAUCUGCGGUCCCGACAGCGCCAAUGAAGCCAGUGUGUCCACGUACCCGCCUCAUUUCAAUGCUCAUCACGUGCCCGAGCACUACACGAGGACAGCACUCAACCUAAGCCGAAAGGCUGAGGUCAAGGCUGCCGGGCUCAUUGCAGGCGAGAACUGGGCAGCGCGCUGUGAACCAGUUUUGGAGCGCCAGCCGCCGAAUCAUGAGACGCAUCCGCGAGACUGCCCGAUAGCACACAUCCGUGAGCGUGCAGAAGGAGACCACCAGUUGGCACGAGUCCGCGGUGGUCUAAUGCCGAUGAGCUACCCGGUGAACCCGGAGCGCGAGUGCAAGACGGUUGGCAUGCAGCGCGUGGAGGAUCCCACCUUCCGCACGCGAGGCCAGUUGUUGGAGACUCGCAAAGAGCUCAUGAAGCGGGACAACGAGGAGUUGAGGCUGAAUGGCGACGAGUACUAUGUGCCCCUCUCCAUAAGGAACGGGGAGAGGGAGGUCGAGGAGUUUAACUUCCGACGGCCGAAAGAAGAGCCGAUGACGCUUACAAGACUGAAGGACAACAGACUCAAGGACAAGAUUGAGUAUGACAUGAACCACUUCAGCUUUCCGCGGAGCUUUCCGCGAGAGUACCCGAAGUACUCUGACCAUCCCGACAUUCCCUUCUGGGUGUCUAACGCCGAAGAUGCCAGAAUUGGGAGUAGCCCACCGCAGACUCUGAGCAGGAACCACAGCGAGCCUGCGUUCAAAGUCACCGAGCUGCCCUUCGGAGAGGAACAAAGGGAGACCUACGAAGUGAUGCCAGACUCCGCCAAAGCGCUGGCCGCGGGCAAGAUGACCCUGGGCCGCCAGACCGAGCUGGGCAGCAAGACGGUGAAGCGCUGGUCCACUGAUAUGCUGGAGCGGGGUCAGGCUCGAAAUCAGCCUCGGCUCUUCGACAACAUCCGACCGGUCAGAAUCGGACCCAAGGAUUUGGAGCCUCUCGAUCUGACGUCCUCCAUGGAGCCGAUUCGCAAUGCUGCGCUUCGGAGACAGGCUGAGGAACGCAAGAAGAUGGCGGCCAUGCCGAAGCGCAGCCGGCUCUACGUGGAUCCAUCUGAGGAGACAAAUGCCAAGCUGCCAGCGCAAGCGGCGCGGUCGGCUCCAAAAUGGAAUCCUCAGAGGACCUCUCCCGUGAAUUCAAAGGCAUUGCCAGAGGGAUCACUGCCCGUGCCCGCAGUCCACUUUGGCUCCGGGUUCGAGGUUUUGCUGGGAUCCUUUCCGGCUUAUGAGGUCGGACAGAGCGAGUCGGGAGCUUGGGCUCUGCACGGCGUGGUUUUCAUUCUGUCACUGGAGCUUCCGGGAGGAAGAGAUACCGAGUGCUCCGCUGGCAAGAAAUGCGCUUUCCAGUUUCUGCAAUUUGCGGCUGCCGUGGAUGUGCAAGAGGGCAGCAGCGACGCAGAGAGUGAUGCGACCGAUCACCAGGAUUGGAAGUCGGCGUUUGACUGGCGAGACGAGCUGUCUACUCCCCUUGGGCACAACCUUCUGACCGAAGCAUAUUCUGGUACAGACUGCAAGUACCAUGUCUGUGACCAGGUAGACGUGGGCCCCAGCAAGUGCCUGGGGGGCAGGUGUAUCUGUGCUCAGGGUUGGAGGGGGAGAGAUGGAAAAUGCAUUCCCGAUCAACAAACAUGCGCCAAGAAGACCGGCGGCGGGUGUCGAUUCUGGGGCUGUGCAUCAUCGAGAGGUGCUGUUGACUGCCAGGCUGGCGAAUGUGUUUGCAAGACUGGCUUCUGCGCCAUCGGAGGCCGCUGCCAAGUCGUCAAAGAUGUGGGCAGCCGCUGCAACGAGACUCUCCCAUGCAAUACAUCACUGGGGGAUGUGGCCUGUGAGGAUGAUGGAUACUGCGCCUGUGCGCAGGCAUGCAGCCCGACCUGUUUGGAGGAUUGCAAUCUAUACAACCGUCAUCGUAGGCGCAUGUGGUUGUGGCUCUUGCGGCUAACUUUUGCAAACAAGAACUUACAUCAGCGAGACGAUGAGCCCCCUCCGUCGGCCACCUCUGCUGCGACCAGGAUGCCGGGAAGGCGUGUGCCCAUUGUCACCAGCGAGCCGGUUUUGCGCUCGCCAGUUCUGGAGACGACAACGCCAAAAGAGCCGAGGCAUUUUGGCACUGGAACCAUGCCGCUGGCACAGGCCACCACGGGCUAUGGAGUCCGCUGUGGGGGCUUCCAGCACGUCGAGUCAGCCAUGUCCAUGCAGCGCCCCAGUCUUCGUGAGAGUCGGGAUUCCCGAGCACGGCUAUCCGGAGCCGCUCCAUGUUUCGCCGAGCCACAGAGCCUGGAGGAACAGUGGGACAUGGCGCAGCGCGUCUAUUUCCAAAGCUUUUUGGCUCCAGAACCUCUUUUGGCUCGCUGGGUGCUACAAGCCUGGCUUUGGCGUGCCGGUGGGGGUAUGUCAUGGGAAGUGUCGCAGCAGAAUCUUCCCUUGCCACUGGCGGAGACGGGCUGGGUGCCGGCAGAGGUGUAUUCCCGGCUCGCCCAGGACUUCGUAGCAGGCUGGGCAUUGAUUUCGGCUUCCGAAUCAAGUCGCCCGCCCAUCUUGGCUGUCUAUGAGCUUGAUGGGCAUGUCUUCCGCAAGUUUCUCCACCGUUCGUCACCUUGGAUUCGCAAUGCAGGGUCGCUGAAACAAAGUGGGCACCAGUUCUACCCAGUGAUCCGUGAAAGAAAGCCACGUGAUGUUCUGGAGACCGCCAGAUACUUGAAACACCACCUGCAGUUGGUGGCAGACCUCGUAGCAAUGGCAGAGAAGACUUCCAUGUGCAGGUGUGAGAUGAAGGGAAAGAAGGCCACAAGAGUGAUGUCUGGGCUGUGCAGCGAGGUGCAAGCUUGGAUUCAUAAGGAUGCCGCAGAAAUGCGCCCAAAAAAACCUGCGGAGCCGGCCGUUUCCGCGACCUCUGUGGAAGAGGUUUGGCUCAAAGUUCUAGAGGUCUGGGGCCACUUUGCACGCGAGCACCUUCCAUACAUGUUGAGGAGGGGAUUCGACCCGUCGGAGCUUCGGGACUUCUUGAAUCAGAGUCAGCCCGGCAUGUUUGCAGCGAUGUCGACAAACAAAGGCAAAUUCCAGAUUGAGACGCCGGAGGCGAUUUGGUCCAAUUUUCGUUCGCAGCAGUGCGAUGUGCGAUAUGCGGCAGAGCAAAAGACGAAGGGCAUGCCGCUGCCGGACCUGUACAGUGGCCCGACCGUCGCCUGCAGUUUCUGGCAGCUCCCCUUGUUUGCUCUUUUGGAAAGCUUCGACGACUCGCACCUCGCUCCUGGCGCCAUGCAGCCCAGCGGCCACGGCCAUGGCCCUGGCCAGCCCUCCCCGGGAGGCCCGAUGCGUCCGGGCCCGGCUCCGCCGGGGAGCGCCGGCGUCGGCGUUUGGCAGGUGCCGGCUCUGGUGUUCUGUGGGCCCGUGGGGCCUCAGAUGGCACCCGUGAGCCCAGAAGGCUUCGUGGUUUGUGAGAAUUGGGGACCCCAGGGGUUCACUCAAUUCACACCGGCGCCUUUUCCGCAGCCCCAAUCCUUUGAUCACGGCAUGGCGCAGUCCAGUGCAGCCACAGGUGUCAUGCCAAUGGCAUGCAUGCAGCGGCCCGGCUUUGACGGGUACCAGGAACAACACUUUGACGCCCAGUCGUCUUCAGGAUGGCCUGCUGCAAAAGAUUGGCAGGGUCAGCCUAUGCCGACACCCAACUUUCAGCCAAUGGGCUUCGUGGGCGUGGGACCAUGUCCCGGCCCGAUGCCGAUGCCUAUGGAGAUGGUUCAAGUACCCGUGCCGAUGCCUCAAGAACCACCAAGUCAAAGCAUGCCACCGCCACCGGAUGUGGGUUUGAGGCCAUUUCGGCCUGCCAACCAGCAGCUUCCGUGGCGAAGAAACUUCCGAUCUAGCGCUUCGAGCUCCCAAUCUACCGCUUCUACCGGGCCAAGUGGCCCACAGAAUUCUUGGAAUGGAGGAUCCCCAGAGGAAGAGGGCCUGUCAUUUGGACCCGGCCGCGGGGAAGAGCCAUGCUAUGGCGACGAGGGGCCUUGUGACUGCCGCUACUGUGAGCCCGGCGAGCACAGAUCCAGACAGUCGAGGCACUGGCGCUCCGGCCUUCGGUCAAGUGACUUGUGGGAGGCACCGUUGCCCUGUGGGCUCCUUCCGUCGGAUGUCUCGGAGCUCCUGUUCCGCGACAUCGUGCCAGAGGACUACGAAAUGCUACUGCAGUUGGAUGAUGCCGUGGAGAAGAGGGUGGCAAGCACAGAAGGUGUGGAUGCCUUGCCCAGUGCAUCAGAGGAGGACUUCGCUGGACAGAACUGCACGGUAUGCUUGGCAGCGCUGGAAUGUGAUGAGGACAUUGCCAAGCUCCCAUGCACUCACGUUUUCCAUCGAAAAUGUGUUGCCAAGUGGCUUACCGAGCAGAAGCGGGCUUGCCCUCUCUGCAACGAAGAGAUUUGA